AUGAGAGUCCUUUGCGUUGCCGAGAAGCCCUCCAUCGCGAAAGCUGUCGCAGGUCACCUCUCAGGUGGUCAAGCCCAAAGUCACAACACACCCGAAAAGUACAUCAAAAAUUAUGUUUUUGAAUACGAUUUUGGGCAUCCUUGGGGUCGUUGUCAUGUCACCAUGACCUCCGUCCUUGGUCAUAUCACCUCGGCUGUAUUCCCUCCCGAGUAUAAAAGAUGGGAGCAUCCGCCACCCGACCGCCUAUUCGAUGCACCUGUAAACAUAAUCAUCGCCGAGGACAAGACCAAGGUAGCGGACAAUAUCGAAAAACAGGCACGCUAUGCCAAUGCGCUCUGCAUCUGGACAGAUUGUGAUCGUGAAGGCGAACACAUAGGAUAUGAAAUAUGCGAGGCCGCGAGAAAGGGCAACAGGACUCUGGAUAUUAAGAGGGCCAGGUUUAGUAACAUCGAAAGAGCGCAUAUUUUGAACGCAGCCAGGAACCUAAUAGAUCUUGAUCACAGACAAGUCAACGCUGUGUCUUCUCGGAUCGAAUUAGAUCUUAGGAUAGGAUACGCGUUUACCCGGUUUCUGACCACGAACCUACGGACUUUAGGAGGGCCCUUCAAAGAACUCGUAUUAAGCUAUGGGUCCUGUCAAUUCCCAACGUUGGGUUUCGUAGUAGAUCGGUACUUUCGAGUGAGGAAUUUCAAGCCGGAAGCGUUUUGGAGCAUCAAAGUCAUGCACAAGCGGGAAGGCAUGGAUGUCAACUUCAGUUGGUCACGCACUCGCCUUUUCGACAGAGCAUCGACCGUCAUUCUUUACGAAAGAUGCCUUGCUGCUAAAUUGGCCAAAGUGACCAAGGUCCAGGAGAAGCCAACGAAGAAAUGGAAACCUCUACCACUAACUACAGUAGAACUGCAGAAGAUGGCCACUAUAUUUUUGCACAUGACGGGUCAGCAGGCGAUGGAAGCUGCAGAAAACCUUUACAAUAAGGGCUUCAUCAGCUAUCCCAGAACGGAAACCGACCGUUUCGAUUCUGGUAUGAAUCUCCGCGCAUUAGUACAAAAGCAGACGCAAUCCGACUCGUGGGGUGAAUUCGCGCAGAAUCUAGUCAAUGGUGGAUUUCAGCAACCUCGACAGGGUCGAAAUGACGAUAAAGCACACCCCCCUAUACACCCCAUCACCUACGCAGCACCCACAGUCCUUGGUGAUAGAGAAAAAAGGGUUUACGAAUUUGUUGUUAGACGAUUUUUGGCAUGUUGCUCGGAGGAUGCCAAAGGUGUUGCCACAGAUGUCGAUUUAUUAUAUGGCGAAGAAUCCUUUCAUGCUCAUGGUGUCGUCGUUCUGGAGCGAAACUACUUGGACGUAUACAUAUACGAUAAGUGGACUGGUACUGCACAACUACCUAAGUUUACGGUUGACGAGCUUUUUGAGCCUACCGAAGCUCUCAUGACGGAGGGCAAGACUGCACCUCCCAAUUAUCUUACUGAAGCUGAUCUAAUUGCUCUCAUGGACGCCAAUGGAAUCGGAACAGAUGCUACAAUGGCAGAACAUAUUCAGAAGAUCCAAGACCGAGAGUACGUCCGUGCUGUGCCCCGAACCGCGCGAGCCGCAGACGAUGAAGGCGGAGAUGAGAAUGAACCUACUGGACGAGGACGAGGUACCCGUGGUGGCCGUGGUCGAGGUGGUCGAGGAGGCGGAUCGGCAGCCGGUGGGAGGGGAGGAGUGAAAGAAUUCAUCCCAACAAAAUUAGGCGUGGCUCUAAUCGAGGGAUUCGAUAGGAUGAAUUUCGAAACCAGUCUUGGGAAACCGUUUCUACGCAAGGAAAUGGAACUCAAAAUGAAGGCUAUCUGCGAAGGCCGUACAACUAAGGAGGCUGUCCUAAACGAGAGCAUUCGGCAAUACCGCCAGGUCUACUUGCAAUCACAAGAGAAGUUAAAUAUCCUCAAAGCGGCAUGUCGACAAUAUGUCCUCCAACAAAAUGGCGGUUGA